AUGAGCACCACCUUACCAGAAGUCGCCAUCUGCGGCAUGGCACUCCGCGUUCCCGGCGGAAUUCGCGACCCGGAGGCCUUCUGGAAUGCCCUGGUAGGCGGGCGGGACCUGCGCGGCCCGAUCCCACCAGAAAGGUACAGCUCCGAGGGCUACAAGGACGACCGCGGCAAGCGUGGCGCCAUCAAGACCCAGGUCGGGUACUUUCUCGACGAAGACCUGGGAUGCCUAGACACUAGCUUCUUCUCCAUGGGCAGGAAGGAGGUCGAGAGGUGUGACCCCCAGCAGCGGCAGCUCCUCGAAGUGGCCCGGGAGGCCUUCGAGAGCCCCGGCGAGGCCGAGUUUCCGCGGCAAGAACAUCGGGUGCUACGUCGGUACAUUUAG